CCCCUCUCCCUCCUUCCUUUAGUUGCUGCAUGUUCCCGCAGUUGGACGGAGAGGUGCCUUACCCCCACAGCGUGUUCCUGCGCGGAGCUCUGACAGAAUUUUCCCACGCUACAGGCGGUUUCUCUCCCUUCCGGUGUUCGCUGUGAGAAGCCUUGACAUAAGAAUAACAGAUAGCAAAAACAAUGCUGACAGAGUACAAGAUGUUUAUCCUCGUAGGCGUGGCGAUGGGCGUGGCCAGUGUUGUCGCCAGUGGGUGCCUUGAGUGCCAGACAAACAGCUUCCCCGCCCAUGACAGAGGAGUGCCCUGCCUGGCCCUCGUCCGCCCGCAGAGACGGCGCCGUGACGCCCGUGCUCAACAAACUCCGCCGCGGUGGUUUCACGCCCAACAACCCCUUCAUGCUGCGUAAUAUCCAGCCCACACGCCCACGGUUCAGUGAGAACGAUUUCCUCAUUGGAGACAUAGAUGACUACGACGAGGACGACCACAAGUUCCCGUGGGUGCCCGCUACGAGGCCCUCCUUCUACUCGAGCCACGCCAAGGAGCUGCCAGGCCUCGAGCACAUUCUGGAGGACCAGCUGAGCCCCGUCGGCCGCCAGCUGAAGGCGCGGCGCCCCGGCAAACUAGGCUCAGACAUGUUCUCGAGGAAGGCCGUGCUGGGCAACAAGCGCAAGAACAAAGGACACAUCAUGACACUCAGGCAUUCGCAGCUUAAGGACACAUCCAUGACACUCAGGCAUUCGCAGCUUAAGGACACAUCCAUGACACUCAGGCAUUCGCAGCUUAAGGACACAUCCAUGACACUCAGGCAUUCGCAGCUUAAGGACACAUCCAUGACACUCAGGCAUUCGCAGCUUAAGGACACAUCCAUGACACUCAGGCAUUCGCAGCUUAAGGACACAUCCAUGACACUCAGGCAUUCGCAGCUUAAGGACACAUCCAUGACACUCAGGCAUUCGCAGCUUAAGGACACAUCCAUGACACUCAGCAUUCACAACCAAAGGACACAUCCAUGA